CUAAUUUUAACAGCCGGUAAGAAACAAACCGAGAGUGCUGUUGUGCGUGUUGUUAAAAAAGUGCAUUUUAUUUUCGAUACAAAUUUAUUUAAAUCAAUAUUUCACUUUAUAGAUAUAAAUGAUGCCUUUCAGCAAAGAAAAAAAUCGUCGCAUUUAUAUUACGGCAUUAGUUAUAUCGUUUCUAUUGAUUGUCGGCUCCAUCUAUUUGCACUUGAGACAAAAAACUCAUUUGGGCCGCAUGAGUUUUAAUUUAGAUCGUGAUCGUGUAAAACCAACCAGUGGCGUUGUUUUAGAGUCUACAACCUGGAUGGAUGAUUAUGAUUCGAAAUAUAGAAAAGUAAGCGAUGAAAAUUUUAAUACUGCAGAGGACGAUACUGACGUAGAAAACGAUAUAGUCGAGGCAUCGUCACCCGGAGAUGAUGAUGAGAUGCCAUACAUAAACGCCAGACAAUUUGAGACAGAUGAUGAUAUAGAUGAUGAUAUUAAUGAAGAUAUUGAUGAUGAUAUUGAUGGAGAUCUAGAUGAAGAUCUGGAUGAUGAUAUCGAUGAUAUAGCUGAAAAUUCAGAGUCUGAUAUGAUAUUAAUAUCUAAUGAUUCCAGUGCCUGCCUUAGAUGCCUGUGCAUGACGGUAAACGAGUGUCUGCCAACGUUUUGUGGUUCCGGCAAUCCUUGCGGUCUAUAUAGAAUAUCAAAAUUGUAUUGGAUUGAUGGUGGCAGACCUACAAUAGCAGGUGGCAGUACGGAUAAUGAAGAUCAAGACUAUCUGACUUGUGUUAAUGAUGACAGCUGUUCCGCCACAGUGAUACGACAAUAUUAUGACCGCUAUAAAAGAGAUUGCAAUAAAGAUCAACUAUUCGAUUGCAAGGAUCAAAUAGCAUUACAUCUGUUGGGGCCCAGUGGUUGCUUAACACAAAAUCUUAGUAAUAUUCAUGCUAAUCGUAUGAAAAAAUGUUUUACUGAGAGUUAUCCCGAUUAUUAUGGAUAUUCUUCAGAGGAAUACUAUGUUCAAUAGAAUUUAUUAUUACACUUUAUAAAUGAUAACUACUAAUGUGUUUAGUUUCACAAGCUUUAUUGUGUAAUUAUCUCUUUGUUGAUUUUUAAUUAGUUUUUAAAUUUGUAUCAUUAAAAUCAUCAAAAAAAUAGUAAGUUAAGUUCUUUUUUGUAAAAUUUCUAAAUAAUAUACAUAUGUUUGAAAAACA